CUUGUACGGGCAGGGAUCUGAGUUUGAUAUGUCAAAGUUUUUCCUUUAAUUAAUUACAUUUAUCUACUUUGAAAUAUUUAUUACUACUGAUAAAUUGUAGAUGGUACAAAAAAAAUAAAUCGGGUUAACGUUCAUGUCCCGAUAUGGCUCCUCCAAAACGCGUGAAGAAAGAUACUGACAGGGGAAAGUGGAAAAAACGUAAGGAGGAUCACGACAACUAUAAUGAUGAUGACUUCGGAGAAGGUUUGGAAACGGAGGGCAUUCCCGAUGCAGCUAAAAAUGAUGUGGAGAAACAGGAUGAGACUGCAGUUGAAGACGAGUUUGGUGCCAAGGAUUAUCGGUCCCAAAUGUCGCUGAAAACAGAUCACGAUGUGAGACCACUUUGGGUGGCACCGAAUGGUCACGUGUUCUUGGAGUCUUUCUCUCCAGUUUAUAAACAUGCUCAUGAUUUCCUAAUUGCCAUCUCAGAGCCUGUGUGUCGACCUGAACAUAUUCACGAGUACAAACUGACAGCAUACUCAUUAUAUGCCGCUGUCAGUGUUGGACUACAAACUCAUGACAUAAUUGAAUAUUUAAAACGGUUAAGCAAAACUUCGGUGCCAGAUGGUAUUGUCGAAUUUAUUAAACUCUGUACACUGUCUUAUGGAAAGGUUAAAUUAGUUUUGAAGCAUAACAAGUAUUUUGUCGAGUCACCUUACCCAGAUGUGCUGCAAAAAUUGCUGAAGGAUCCUGUGAUUCAAGAAUGCAGGCUACGACAGAAUGUAGACGAAGCAGAGAAGGAUACAUUGAUAACAAAUAUUAAUAGCAAAGCGAAAACUGUGCAGUUUGGAGCAAAGCCGUUACCACCUUCCCAGCCCACGACUGAUGUAACUGCAGUAACGGAAGUACCUGCUGAUCCAGCAACACCUGUCGAAACUGCUACCAUUCCCGAAGACAUCACCAAAUUUUAUGACAAAAUUGAUAAAGAAGAUGAAGAUGAGGAAGAGGAGCAACAAUUAAAGACUGUCAGUUUUGAAGUAAAUCAGGAAAAAAUUGAAGUGAUACAGAAGCGAUGCAUCGAAUUAGAAUACCCACUACUGGCAGAGUACGACUUUCGAAAUGACACAAUCAACCCAGAUAUAAAUAUCGAUUUGAAACCAUCAGCUGUACUGAGGCCGUACCAGGAGAAAAGUCUGCGUAAAAUGUUUGGAAACGGUCGAGCCAGAUCUGGUGUUAUCGUCUUACCCUGUGGUGCUGGUAAAAGUUUAGUCGGUGUGACAGCCUGCUGUACAGUGCGAAAGCGAGCACUGGUACUCUGCAACUCUGGGGUAUCGGUGGAGCAGUGGAAGCAACAAUUCAAAAUGUGGUCCACCGCUGAUGAUUCGAUGAUCUGCAGGUUCACUAGCGAAGCAAAAGACAAGCCAAUGGGCUGUGGGAUUUUGGUCACGACUUAUUCCAUGAUCACUCACACUCAGAAACGUUCCUGGGAGGCUGAGCAGACAAUGCGGUGGCUCCAGGAUCAAGAAUGGGGCAUCAUGGUUUUAGAUGAGGUCCACACGAUCCCUGCAAAAAUGUUCCGUAGAGUGUUGACCAUAGUGCAGUCUCACUGCAAGUUGGGAUUAACUGCUACACUAUUGAGAGAAGACGAUAAAAUCGCUGACCUGAACUUCCUCAUUGGCCCGAAGCUGUAUGAAGCCAACUGGUUGGAGCUCCAAAAGAGAGGAUUCAUCGCAAGGGUCCAGUGUGCCGAAGUGUGGUGUCCGAUGACUCCUGAGUUCUAUAGGGAAUACCUCAGUUGCAAAAUGAGCAGGAAGUUGCUUUUGUAUGUCAUGAAUCCAAACAAGUUCCGGAGCUGUCAGUACUUGAUUCGCUACCAUGAAAGGAGAGGAGACAAGACUAUCGUCUUCUCGGACAAUGUCUUUGCCCUGAAACAUUACGCCAUCAAAAUGAACAAACCGUAUAUUUAUGGACCUACGAGUCAGAGCGAGAGGAUACAAAUCUUGCAGAACUUUAAGUUUAACGUGAAAGUGAACACGAUAUUCGUCAGUAAAGUGGCUGAUACUUCCUUCGACUUGCCGGAAGCCAAUGUUCUUAUACAGAUUUCAUCCCAUGGUGGAUCUCGAAGACAAGAGGCCCAGCGAUUGGGAAGAAUUCUACGAGCAAAGAAAGGUGCCAUUGCCGAAGAGUAUAAUGCAUUUUUCUACACCCUGGUAUCGCAGGACACCAUGGAGAUGAACUAUUCAAGGAAGAGACAGAGGUUCCUCGUCAACCAGGGCUACGCCUACAAAGUGAUUACCAAGCUGGCCGGAAUGGACGACGAUGCUGAGUUGAUGUACAAGACUCGAGAGGAGCAGGGCCAGUUGUUGCAACAAGUAUUGUCAGCCAGUGACACCGAUGCCGAUGAAGAGAGAAUCCCUGGAGAAGGACCUCGACCGGUCGUCCGCAAGAUUGGCAACAUGGCUUCAAUGUCUGGAGCUGACGAUGCCGUGUACUACGAAUACAGAAAAUCUCCAGCCUCUUCGACGGCGAACAAGCAUCCACUGUUUAAGAAGUUCAGGACCUGAAAAUUCGACUUUUCGGUUUGUUUUCAUUCUCUCUUUUCAGAUAAGGUAUGCAGGCCCAUUGGGGCUAUGAUGAUUAAAUAAUCAUUUCUCAUAAUUUAUUGUCGCUUGUGAACCAUGGCCAAAAUCAAGGCGGAGCCUUAUCAAACUCUGGCGAUAAACAGCAAUAAACGGUUUGAUUUUAUUCCGUCGAAAGGGAA